AUGUUGAAGAUACGCUGUCUGUUUAUUACUCUACUGGUGCCGAUUGUAUUCGUCGUGGUAAUAGGCGAAUCGGUCAGCUGGAAAGAAUAUCAAAAGGCAUACGGCCUCGAUACUUACGAUUCUGUAUAUGGUGUUUACAGUCGGUUCAACAAGGAUGUCUCGGAUGGUUUUACUGCUACAUACAAUAUCAGUGGGGAGACGCAUGAACUUCCAGUGACAGCAACGGCAGUAUUGCUGUACACUAAAGAUACAAUACCGUAUUGGUUUAAGUCAUCUUCAAUGAUGUUAGUCCACAGUUACGUUUAUGGAAGUCCACUGAAAGUGUCGACGUUACAUGAGAAUGGCUCUAUAACUGUAAAAUACCUUGGAGAUAGAUUCCAUCCAUUGUGUAGAAACCUGAACUGUCAACGCGAAGAUGUAGUUCCCAUUGGUGUAGUUCAAAAGAAAGAAUUAGUAGAUCCAAGUGGAUGGGGUUCGUUUCAAUCAGUCGUGGUCCCAUUUGCAAAAGGAGUAGAAGGAUCACGACAGAAAAUAUCUGAUUCAAAACUGAGAUGUAGCUUAGAGACAGAAUGA